GCACAGAACUUCAAGGCUAGACAGAGAGUAAGACCAGCCAGAAGACAAAGACUAAAGAAGGCUCAACUUCAAAGUCUUUGACAGCCUUUCAGACAGCUGUGCUUUAUUUUACAAAUCAGCGGCUGAAAUCUCUCACCAUGAGAAUACGUAUCUUGGCGUUUAUGGUUCUUGGAGCCUGCACUUUAAGUGCAUGGUGCCACCCAAUUAAAUCCGUCUUUGUGACCUUCCCCAGGGAUGUAAUCAAAAACAUGACAGACAUCGAACUGGCUGAAAGCUACCUGAAGCGCUUUGGUUAUAUGGAGGUUCUGGAAAAGAGUGGACAGCAGGGAGCAGUGUCUACUUCCAAAGCUCUGAGGAGGCUGCAGAAUCAGCUGGGUCUGGAAGAGACUGGCAAGCUGGAUCAGCCGACAAUCGAUGCCAUAAAGAAGCCACGCUGUGGUGUGCCAGACAUCCGCAACUACAAUACCUUUGAAGGAGACCUGAAGUGGGAUCGCAAUGAUAUUUCAUACAGAAUUCUGAACUACUCACCAGACUUGGAUGCCUCUAUUACUGACGAUGCCUUUGCCAGAGCCUUCAAAGUGUGGAGUGAUGUCACACCUCUAACUUUCACACGUCUCUACGAUGGCACUGCUGAUAUCAUGAUCUCAUUUGGAAAAAAGAAUCAUGGCGAUCCCUACCCAUUUGAUGGGAAGGAUGGCCUACUGGCACACGCUUAUCCUCCAGGUGAAGGGCUGCAGGGAGAUGCUCACUUUGAUGAUGAUGAAUACUGGACCCUUGGCAAUGGACCAGCAAUCAAGACCUACUAUGGCAAUGCAGGGGGUGCUUUGUGUCAUUUCCCUUUCUGGUUUGAGGGGAAGUCGUAUUCCACUUGUACCAGUGAAGGUCGUGAAGAUGGCCUGCCAUGGUGUGCCACGACUGCUGACUUUGACAAAGAUAGGAAAUAUGGUUUCUGCCCUAGCGAGCUUCUGUUCACAUAUGAUGGAAAUAGUGAUGGUGCAGCUUGUGUCUUUCCAUUCGUGUUUGAGGGGGAAACAUACACCAGUUGUACUACUGAAGGACGUAGUGAUGGGUAUCGCUGGUGUGCUACGACAUCCAACUUUGACCAGGACAAAAAAUAUGGGUUCUGUCCUAACCGAGAUACUGCUGUAAUCGGUGGAAACUCUGAGGGAGAGCCAUGCCAGUUUCCUUUCAGCUUCCAGGGGAAAACCUAUACUUCCUGCACAAGUGAAGGCCGCAGUGAUGGAAAACUAUGGUGUGCCACAACCAGCAACUAUGACAAGGACAAUAAAUGGGGAUUUUGCCCAGAUAAGGGAUACAGUCUGUUCUUGGUAGCAGCCCAUGAAUUUGGACAUGCUCUUGGUCUGGACCAUUCCAACAUUCAGGAUGCUCUGAUGUACCCCAUGUACAAAUAUAUAGCGGACUUCUCUCUGCAUCAGGAUGACAUUGAGGGCAUCCAGUAUCUCUAUGGACCCAAAAGAGGCACAGACCCUACUCCACCCAAGCCAUCAACCACUACAUCUUCCCCAGUUUCUACUCCCAAACCCACUAAAAAAACACCGAAGACUACUCCAUCCACCACAACUCCAUCUGUGUAUACACCUGUGGAACCUUCAGUCGAUCCUUGCACGGUGGACAAAUUUGACACAAUCACAGAGAUCCAGGGAGAGCUUCAUUUCUUCAAAGAUGGUUACUACUGGAAGUCCUCAAACCAUGGUAACAGGGACCGCAAAGGCCCUUUCAUGGUCUCUGAGAGAUGGCCUACCCUGCCAGCUAAACUCGACACUGCUUUUGAGGACCGUCUUGCUAAUAAGAUGUACUUCUUUGCAGACACUCAGUUCUGGGUGUUCACUGGAAAGGACGUACUGGGACCACGCAGAAUCGAGAAACUUGACUUGCCUGUCAGCUUGAAGAAGGUUGAAGGAGCACUGCAGAGGGGAAAAAACAAAGUGUUGCUUUUCAGUGGGGAUAAUUAUUGGAGGCUGGAUCUGAAGACUCAGCAGAUAGAUAAAGGAUACCCUCGUCGCACUGACAUAAUCUUCAGUGGGGUCCCAGUGGAUGUUCAUGAUGUGUUCCUCUAUAACGGACAAUAUUACUUCUGUCGAGAUAUCUACUACUGGAGAAUGACCAGCAGGCGACAGGUGGAUAGAGUUGGAUAUGUCUAUGAACUCCUGAACUGUCCCAACUACUGAAUCUGAUUUCAUCAGACUGAAGUAUUAUAAGGAAAAAGCAUCUAACUGAAAUGCAAAUCCCAGAUACGUGUUUCCAAAAAGAAAGUACAGUGUUAUUGAAAGAGUAGAAACUAUAAUGAUGUUUUUAUGAGUUAUAUUCAGAAACAUUUGCCUGGCGCAAAUGAAAACGUUAAUUAAGGUUAAGUUAGUUAAGGUUAUAUUGGUUAAAAUAUAUUAAAAUAUAUUUUGUCUUCUCUAUUCUAUUUCUUUUUCUCAUAGCCUAAAUUUGCACAAGUGAAUGUUUUUCACAGUUGUCUAAUUUAUUUAUCAAAUCAGUAGUAUUUUGUCAUAUGAAUAAUGAAAAUAAAUUUUUAUUUAAGUCCCUAUAUGUUUUUUUUCUAAUCUUUUUGGCUAUUGUUAUUGUGAUCACCAAUGUCAGUGAGAAUUUUCACUUACUUUUCUUUUUGUUGUUGUUGUUGUUAUUAUUAUUUCUUUUUUGCACCAUGGCAUACUGUUAAAAACUGUUUCAAAAUCUACACAUAUAUCCAAUAUUCAGUAAACAAUUACUGUAAGCACAGACAUUUAUACCAUUGCAGGGCUCUACAUUAACUUUUGAAACCACUUGUCCUGUCAGGCAAGUUGAAAGGAAAUUUACUUGUCUGAAUGUGAAGUUGACUUGUCCGAAGAAAUAUUUGAGAAAAAAAAAAAAAACAAAACACAAAAACUAUUUGCAACCCAACAAUUUUUAUUACCUCCGCCAAGGAGGUUGUUUUCAGUAGCGUUGGUUUGUUUGUUUGUUUGUUGGUUGGUUUGUCUGUUUGCAACAUUACGGAAAAAGUUAUGAACGGAUUGCUCUGAAAUUUUUUCCCAGGUGUGAGACUGGGCACAAGUAACAAUCCAUUAAAUUUUGACGGUGAUCCGGAUCACCUUCUGGAUCCUGGAUUUUUUUAAAGGAUUCUUAGCAGAGGUCUGCGCUCUCCGAGUGCUUUUCUAGUUGCAUUUGUUUCCGAAUUCACAACAUAUGCAUAAUAUCUGUGAAUCAAAAGUAAUCAAUACUUGAUAUACUGAGGCAAAAGUUCAAAAAUAUAGUAAAACAGACUGAUACCAUAAUUCUCCAAUUAUUAUGCUGAAGUUCAGAAGCAAUAUAUUCCAAUAGAGUAGAAAUUAUGAACAUAAAAUUUUAAGAACAAAAUAACUAUACUAUGAGAUCCAGAAACACUAACCAUUAUAUAUACACAGAUCAGUACUCUGCAGUUCAGUAACAAAUAUCACAAAAAGUAACAUUAUCAUAAAAUUUAUGACUUGAUGAGAUAUCACUAGUUUGGACAAGAGAAACAAAUAACAUAUGCUGCAAAUAAAAACAACUGAUAACAAAA